GAUCGUCAUGGCAGAGCAGAGGAGGCAGAUCUCAAAGACCAGCCAGCAACCAUCACCCUGCUAUAUGGCGCGCAGACGGAGAGCCUGUUCCCCGCCGCGACACAAGCGGCAGCACGCGAGCCCAUGACUGAGCCUGUCAUCGCCCCGGAGCCUGAGCCUAAACACACACCGCUGCCGUGGGAGUACACAUGGAGUUUGACGGGCUAGAGGGAAGCCCCACCAACACUCCCAUCGCAAAGGGUGAGCUGUUAUUGGACUCUGACUGGUGAAUGAAGAGGAAUCCGGAGACCCCUUAGCUCACCCUCUGCAUGCCAGCGCCUUUGGGUCGGAUGAACUUCGGGAUUGCCAGCCACCAGCUACCUCGGGGGUUGAGUAAUCAAUAUCUCCGCCUCCAGCCUCCGAGACCCGGACUCCCCCUCGGCCCUCCGACCCAGCGGCUACAUCUUGGCUCCUGUCUCCCUCAUCUCCACCGUGGCCCAUCAUCCCACCAGCUCCACCAGGCUCCCUCGUCCCUCCGGCUCCGCCUUGGUCAGUCGUCAACCAUCCGCCGCCUCGGGGAUCCAAUCCUCCGGCUACGCUCCGUCACUCCGCUCUUUUGGCUCUGUCAGGCUCCUCCUUCACUCCGGCUCCACCUUCAUCCUCGUUCGCUCUGGCUCCACCGCAGUAUUCCGGAUCCCCGCCUCUGCCUCGGUCGCCUGAGCCGCCGGCUUCGCCUUGGCCCUCCGGAUCCUCUGUGUCACCCUCGCUCUCCGUCUGCACGGCUCCACCCUGGGCUCCUCUUCCAUCGGCAUCAUCUCUGUCACUUUGACCCCUGGUGUCGCCGGCCAUCCCACCUCCACCAUGGCUCUACCUCUAUCAACACCCCCAUGGGCCGUCACCCUGGCUGGUAUUCCGGAUCCCCGCCUCUGCCUCGGUCGCCUGAGCCGCCGGCUUCGCCUUGGCCCUCUGGAUCCUCUGUGUCACCCUCGCUCUCCAUGUGCGGCUCCACCCUUGUCUCCUCUUCCAUCGGCAUCAUCUCUGUCACUUUGACCCCUGGUGUCGCCGGCCAUCCCACCUCCACCAUGGCUCUACCUCCAUCAACACCCCCAUGGGCCGUCACCCUGGCUGGUCUCUACCACCAUCUUCAGUUUUGUUUUGUUUUCUGUGUUCAUUAUUAGUUAAUUGCGCCACACCUGUUUCUGUUCUCCAUUGUAUUUAAUUCCUGUGUUCAUUGUCCGGUUUAACUUGUGUUACGUGUGGUUGUGUUCCCGUGUUUUCUUUAGUAUACUUUGUGGAUUCAUUAAAUACUUCUUGUGGAAUAUACUCCUUGUCAUGCGCCUCAAUACGCUACAGCCCGUGACAAUAUGUACGUUUUGGAGAAAUUACCAAUCUAUUUUUAUU